UGCGCAUGCGCCAACAGCGAGACAGUUCCUGCUGGCGUCUACCUCACAGUUUACUGUUGGAUUAUUUAACAUCAGCCUACUUGCCGUCAGGUCCUUAGUGCUUUAUGGAUGAGAAGAGAAAAGGAUGUGAAUACCCAGACUCUCGCGAUGCAAUGAGCUGCUGUUAGUUGUUGAAAUCAAAAGUGAAAGUGCGUUGAUGCUUUCGCGUUCACAGCAGUUGUUUCACUUUGUUUGGUCUUUGUAUUCUUCUAACGAUACACUUUUCCUAAAGCACACUUAAUUUAUUAAAACGUGAAAACGAGAACCCAUGAUGGUGAUUGUAGCGAUUGUGUUUGGAUACUUGCUGACGUGCGUUUGUGCUGACAGGGUUGCAGAUGUGGUACUUUCCUGCACCCUGGUGGACGAGGGAGUCAGACUUGGUGGCGUGGGAGGUGGCACACUCUUAACACGGACCCCGGCCACUCUUGUCCUAAGAGACGUUCCAGUGGCUUCUGACGAAUCACUUGAAACACUCACUUCGUUUGUCCUGCCUUCAAUCCCUGACCCAGAUGCCAUCCUGUUAGAAGUUAAAGUGUCAUCGCCUGAGAUCCCCAACGCACAUGUGUUGCUCCAUGCGGACUGCAAUGAGCAGGAGGUGAUGUGCGAAAUAAGCCGCUACUCUCCUGGUGGAUCCCAGGAAACUUCCGGAUCGGCUUAUUUUAUGGUGUCUCUUAAUGUGGAGGGAGUUGAGUUCAGCACUGCGUUGAUUCUGCAGACUUCAAUGUUGGAGAAGGACCAGUCGACCAUCAUGCAAAACAAACUGGGUCUGCCUCUUAGCCAGUCGGGAACCCUUCUGACUGAGGUGAUAUUCCUGGUCUUUUCCCACGUGAAGUCUAUGUCGGCCCCUCUGAGAGGCGACGUUAUCCUCAACUGUGGCUUCAAGCAGCAGGAGAUACCUUUAGCACAGGAAGUGGCCGUUGAAUGGCGACUGCAACACAGGGGAAAAGGGUGGAAAGUGCUUGAAAUGAUGACGAGGCUGGAUGAGGCCGAAGGGAGCACAGUGGUGAAUGCAGAAAGAAGGGGAUCAAGCAUGGAUGCCUCCCAGGUGGUUGGAGAGGGUGACGCCUCUGUGACUCUGACCAAGCUGAAGGUUUUGGACGAGGGCACCUACAUCUGUACUGUCAGUAUUGGCAUUUUUCACGCUCAGCAGGUCAUUCAACUCCAGGUUGUUCAACCACCUCAUGUUUCACUCUCAGAGGAGAAAUUGGUUUUGAAGACAAAGUCCCCCCAGACGCUGAGCUGCCACUGCGCCAAUUACUAUCCACUAGAAGCUCAUAUGCAGUGGUUAUCCCUCGCACCUACAGACACAGAGCCCACAGUGCUUCCAGAUCAGGGCUCUCUGUCCAGCCAUCGACAGCAUGGUGACGGGACGUAUUCCCUGUCAUCUCAUCUCUCUGUGCCCCCCACCGUCUCCCCUGGGACUGAAAUUACCUGCAGGGUGUCUCACCCAGCCCUGGACGGCCCUCUCUCCGUCAGUCUGGUGGUAGAAAGACCACAACCAGGUUCCUAUUGGUGGGUUCUGGGUUUCAUGGUCGUCACUUUGCUUUUCUUCUACCAGGUCAUGAGAUAAGUCAGUAGGAUAUAUUAUAGGAUAUACUCCUGACUUAAACCUGAGCCCAGAGAUACUUUCUUUUUGUCAUUUGUGUGUCUGUAAGUUAUUACUAAUUUUAUUAGAAGCCAUCACCGGUUCUAGGCUCCUACUGAACUGAAAGAAAUGACAUUUUGGGGGAAAAAUCUAUUUUACUUUUGAAAUGUAUAACUUGUUUGCUUUAUACAUUUGCUGUUGAGUAGUUUUGGUGGUUUUACUCAUGAAGAGUUGUAGUAAGCAAAUUUGGAGGUUGCGUUUCUGUUGCUCGUGGCAACCCAGGGGACGUGCAGACAAGAUUCACAAUAAAAAAGGAGCCUCGGAGGCAGUUGAUGUGAAACAAAAUGUGUCCUUUCAUAAAGAGAUUGGGGUAAAGGGGAUGGGGUCAAACUCAAACUAAAGAUUCCUAAAGUUACUAAAGUCUCCAUAAGAUGGUUCAUAAGAUCCUCCUGGUCUUCUGCAGUCGGUCUGCCUGCUCUGAUUACCUGAUGGGCUGCAGGUGUGACCGAUGCCGCGCGCUUCGUACUUUCCGGCAAAAAGCUUCUUUUUUUUUGCACAUUAAUUAUUCACAGACAUUUUUGAUGUUAAGAGGUAACACUUGUGUUUUUCUUUUGCACUGUAAUUUGGUACACUUUUUGAAAAUUAGCCUGUUUUUAUGGCUUGCUUCUGUGUGUGACAUUGUUACUAAUUUAGUAUUUUACUUUACACAAUGGACAUUGUUUAAGGUAUUUGAACUUCAUCAAUAUCAGCACAUUUCUUGUAUCCAAUCUCUCUUGUAGAUAAAUCAAAAAUCUGUAUAUUGUAAUAAGUUGUAAGUUCUAAGAUGGCUCAACAUGUCAAGAGAAUACAACAAAGGUUCUGUUGAUGAUUUAUUUAUUGGCAUCAGCAAAAGUGUUAAGCAUGCAUUUCUUUUUUCAAAUCCACUUGCAUCAUCUCACUGCAUUUUCAGGUUGUAAAUCACAAAACAUGUUCUCAUAUCUCAUGUGGUAAUUACCUAAUAAUAUUGUUACACAAUAUCAUCAGAUAAUUAUAGAUAACUGCUAGAAUUAUGCAUCUUUAUUUUAUCAACUCUCAAAAUCAGUCCGAGGAAAGGAAAAAUAAGAUUUUCUUUUAUAUCCAACAACCCCCCCCCCCCC